AGUCUGACGCAAGCGCAGUAGUGAUCGUGGCGAGGUUAUGAACACACGUGUGCUCAUAAAACAACGAUAAAUAUCAUAUAAACAGUGUAUCGAUAACAGAAAAUCGAUUCUCGAUAUGAAUUCGACACCAGUGAACCUACAGGAGUUAAAACCUGAAGAAUUUAAAUCGUUUCUCGAUUCUUUCGAUUACGUGUUCUCGGAUUGUGAUGGUGUAAUAUGGGCCAAAACUGCAUUACCUGGCGCUGGAAAAUUCUUCAGUCUGAUGAAGAAACAUGGAAAGAAAGUACAUUUCGUUUCAAACAACAGCCUUAGAAGUAGAGAAAACUAUGAAAGGCGGUUUGAAGACGCUGAAAUUGAAAAUGGUUUCGAGAACCUCACAGUACCUGCGAUCGCGAUCGCUGAAUACUUGAAGUCUGUUAACUUUAACAAGAAGGUUUACAGUAUCAGCUGUCCAGAGACAAAUAAUGUGUUGAAGUCCUAUGGAUAUGAAAUCAAAGAAGGCCCCGAUGUUGGAACAGAUUACUAUGAAGACUACGUUCUUUAUUCCGCUGAUGAUCCCGAAAUUGGAGCUGUGGUGAUGGACUGUGACUUCAAAGUGAACUUGCCCAAACUGAAUAAGGCCAGUGCUUACCUGUCCAGACCUGAAGUAUUGUUCCUGUGUGGUGCUACUGACAAAUAUGUGUAUUACAGACAAGGAUUCCGUACUUUAGCUACGGGAGCAUUCACAAACUUAGUGGCUGAAGAAACAAAUCGUUCACCAGUGACAUUGGGUAAACCUGGCAAGGCCUUCGGAGAGUUCGCGAUGAAGAGGGCUGGAGUGUCAGAUCCCAGCCGCGUGCUCUUUAUUGGGGACAUGAUCGAGCAAGAUGUAGGUCUUGGAAAAGCAACUGGGUUCAAAACCUUAUUGGUUUUAAAUAACCUCACCGUCGAUAUAAUGUUAGAUCACAAAACUAUCAGACCGGACUUCUACGCCCAAUCUCUUGGUAGUCUAGUACCUCAAUUAGAACAAUCUUUUAACUAAAUGAUUAAAUAAAUACUGAACUUCACCAUUAAAUGUACUGCAAUUUUGCAUACUUUAUUUUUUAUCUUGUUUAUGUUUAAACAUUCAUAAGACAUACUAAAUUAAGUUUGGGAGACCAGUGCUU